UAAUGUCCUUAGCUAUUACCUAAUUUCAAUUAGAUAAGUGAUCCGGACAGGGAUAUCCAGUCCCAAUUGUCCAGUUUUAUUUUAUAUGUAAUAUGAACCAUUUGAAAUAUGGACUUGAAAAAUUUGAAAGUACCUAUUCAUUCGCUGAAGUAACUCAUGGGCAACAUGUCGCUACAUUCAAGAUCCAGUAGUAUCAGUAAAUGUUCGAACACAGAAAAUGAUGAUAACAAAGAAGAAAAAGACCAUCCAAAUAAGAAAAGUGAUAAAAAGAAUCACAAUUUUCUGGAAGAGUACUUUAUAGCGUACACGAAUAAUUCCAAUCUUCAUGGUCUAAAAUAUAUUGGUGAAAACGAGCGGGCUUAUAUAGAAAGAAUAUUCUGGCUGUUUGCAUUCAUAUGUGGAUGUGUGCUAUGUGCUGGAUUGAUUGUCAAGACUUACAACAAGUGGUCCACCUCUCCAGUGAUCGUGACUUUUGCUGAAAAAACUACUCCAACCUGGCAGAUUCCUUAUCCUGCGAUAACAAUCUGUCUAGAGUCAAAAUCCAGGGCGACUGUUUUCAACUUUACAGAAAACUAUAAUCGCUACAACGAUUCUGUCGAUCGUCACAACAUGAGAAUAGAAGAGUUGAAUAUGACUGAAGACUUGACACUAGUUUGCGACGACAAGUUAGCCUCUCUGACUGGCAGAGAAUACAGCGAUGGCGGUCAAACUGUCGACAAUCUUCUAAGUGUAACAACGAAUGCGACAUCAACAUUCUUCAUGUGUAAGUUCAAGGACCGUUCCACGCCCGAAUGCGGUUCUCUGAACGCGCGAGUGGUCACCGACGAAGGGAUAUGUUUCACUUUCAAUAGCUUGAGGCCUGACGACAUGUUUAAAACGGAGAACUUACAUACAGAUUAUAGUUAUAUAGACCAUAAUAAUAAAUCUUACUGGACUUUGGAAGACGGUUAUUCUCCAGACGCGCCGUUAGACACGUAUCCAUAUCGAGGGGCUGGAAGUACUGCUAAAGCUGGCGUGGCUUUUUUGAUGCAAACGAAUGCUACAGAUUUGGAUUACCUCUGCAAGGAAUCUAUGCAAGGCUUCAAGAUCUUGGUGCAUAAUCCAGCAGAAAUGCCAAGGUUGAAUGACAUUUAUUUCCGCGUGUCUCUGAAUCAAGAGUUGGUUAUUGCUGUCACUCCGAAGAUGAUAACUACUGCUGAGGGGCUGCGGGAGUAUGACUCUGAGAGGCGACGGUGCUAUUUUUCGGAUGAAAGGUAUCUCCACUACUUCAAAGUGUACACGCAAACAAAUUGUGAGCUGGAAUGUCUCACGAAUUAUACAUAUUCUCGUUGUGGAUGUGUGCACUUCGGAAUGCCGCAUAACUCUAGUAUGCGUGUAUGCAAUACAGCCAAGGUGGCUUGCAUGAAACAAGCAAGAGCGGAGUUUUCGGUAGUAGAAUUAAAGAAAGGUUUCGAGAAAAAUGUGCUAGAAGAAAACAUAUCAGAAGCAGUGAGAUCGGCUGCCAGCUGCAGCUGCCUGCCUGGCUGCAGCACCUUGUCGUACGAGGCUGAGACAUCUCAGGCGGACUACGACUUCAAGCAGCUGUGCAGGGCCUACAAUGUCACGCUUGCGGACGAUGUUAACGAAAAUUGGCUGAUGACGCGUCUAUCGGUGUUCUUCAAAGCGCCGCAGUUCAUCCAGUACCAGCGCUCGGAGCUGUACUCGCUGACCGACUUCCUCGCCAACUGCGGGGGGCUGCUCGGGCUCUUCAUGGGCUUCUCCUUCCUCAGCUUAGCCGAGAUUGUGUACUUUAUCAGUUUGAGAUUGUGUUGCGUGGUAUAUCAACAAAAUCGUAUAAACAACAACGCAGAAACAGAUGCCUCACCGACUCGCAAGAUACAAGACACCGUCGCAUCAAAAAACAAUUAAGAUACUA